AUGGUUGCAUCUCUCUUGCUCCCUGGUGGAAGGAUAGCACACUCGCGUUUUGUAAUCCCUAUUAACCUUGACGAUUUUUCAACAUGUAGCAUUAAUCAGAACAGCCCUUUGGUAGAGUUGAUAAUUCGAUGUAAGCUUAUUAUAUGGGACGAAGCUCUAAUGGUCAACAGACUUUGCAUCGAAGCACUUGAUAGAACAAUGAGAGACAUCUUAAGGUUCAAGAAUGCUAAUAGUCUUCAACAACCUUUUAGAGGCAAGACUGUUGUAUUUGGCGGAAAUUUUCCACAAAUACUACCUAUUUUGUCAAUUGGAGAUGGUCGGUGUGGUGACAUUAUUGAUGGGAUAGACAAGAUAGAAAUUCCUGAUGAUAUUCUCAUUGAUCAAUGGAAUGACCUUAUAGUAUCCAUCUACAAGGCAACAUACUCGAAAAUGUUUCUAGGGGUAAAUUGUGUAUCACAUUUGAAGGAAAGAGCUAUACUUGCAUCAACUCUACAUAUGGUUGAUGAAAUCAUUAGCUUCAUGAUGAGUUUGAACAGUGAAGAUUCUAAAACUUAUUAUAGUUCAGGCACCGCAUGUCAAUCAGAAGUGCACAAUGACUUAUUAGCAUCAGUUCAUACACCCGAGUUUCUAAAUAGCAUUAGAUGUUCAGGUGUUCCCAACCAUGAAUUAACAUUAAAAGUAGGGACCCCGAUAAUGUUACUAAGGAACAUAGACCACUCAGCUGGACUAUGUAAUGGCACACGGUUGGUAGUUUCUAAACUUGGAAGACACAUCAUUGAAGCAAGAAGCUUUUUAGGUAGUGGGAACGGUGAUAAGGUAUUCAUACCACGGAUGACCCUCACUCCAUUCGAUCAAAGAAUACCAUUCAGAUUUCAUCGCAGACAGUUUCCAAUAAUGGUAUCCUAUGCAAUGUCAGUCAACAAGAGCCAAAGUCAAUUAUUGUCAAAUGUAGGGUUGAUUCUAAAAAAAUCUGUGUUUACGCAUGGCCAACUUUAUGUUGCACUUUCAAGGGUCACUCAUAGGAAAGGUCUCAAGAUUCUGAUUUAUCAUGAUGAACAUGAGGAGAAAAACAGACAAUGUGGUAUACAAGGAGGUGUUUAG